GUCGCCGUGGUGCUGCGUGGGGUUUCCCACAGCUGACUGCAGGGUUACCGCGCCCAUCUCCGUCGUUCGGUGGUCGGGCGUCAGCGCUGCUACGGAGGAAGGUCGAGAUAAGAGAGACCAAGGGGCGACAUUUGGCUGUCCUCUCGGACGAGCUGCAGCUAGUUUAAAGAGUGCCCGUUUAGUUGGACGGCGCUUUCGGGAACGUCGUACUUUCGGUCCAGGGCUAGUGGGUGUGUGAUUUCCCCCCUCCCUCCUCCCCCUCCUCCCCUAUCCGGUUGGUUGACUGAGGUUGUCAGGAUCGCCGACGUUAAGGGAAGGGCUGCUCCUCACAGAACUAGCUGGCUAGCUAGGUUGUAAGCUAGCUUUUUGGGUGUUCGUUGAUGCGUGGAUUGAGGGGAUACGCCGUUCUCUUUUCCGGUCAAUGCCAAAAACACAAAAAUAAACGCAAAUUGAAACAGAUUAACAAGUGUCCCGGCAGCUGGAGUAAGAUAAUCAAGAAAGCUAAGGAAAAUGAGUGAACUGGACCAGUUACGCCAAGAGGCAGAGCAGCUCAAAAAUCAGAUCAGAGAUGCCAGGAAAGCAUGUGCAGAUGCCACACUAUCACAGAUCACAGCCAAUAUCGAUCCUGUUGGCCGAAUUCAGAUGCGUACAAGGCGAACGCUGAGGGGGCAUUUGGCCAAAAUUUAUGCCAUGCACUGGGGAACAGAUUCCCGACUUUUGGUGAGUGCAUCUCAAGAUGGCAAACUCAUUAUCUGGGACAGCUAUACUACAAACAAGGUUCAUGCCAUUCCCCUCCGCUCUUCCUGGGUCAUGACUUGUGCAUAUGCACCUUCAGGAAAUUAUGUGGCCUGUGGAGGUCUAGACAACAUCUGCUCCAUUUACAACCUGAAAACCCGUGAGGGGAAUGUACGUGUGAGCCGUGAGCUCGCUGGACAUACAGGUUACCUGUCCUGUUGUCGCUUUCUUGAUGACAACCAGAUUGUUACAAGCUCUGGGGAUACCACUUGUGCACUUUGGGACAUUGAAACUGGUCAGCAGACAACCACAUUUGCUGGACACACUGGUGAUGUCAUGAGCCUGUCCUUGGCCCCUGACACAAGAUUAUUUGUCUCUGGUGCUUGUGAUGCCUCUGCUAAACUCUGGGAUGUCCGAGAGGGCAUGUGCCGGCAGACUUUCACUGGCCAUGAGUCCGACAUCAAUGCCAUCUGCUUCUUUCCCAAUGGCAAUGCCUUUGCCACAGGCUCUGAUGAUGCUACCUGCAGGCUGUUUGAUCUCCGUGCUGAUCAGGAAUUGAUGAUCUACUCUCAUGAUAAUAUUAUCUGUGGCAUCACCUCUGUUGCAUUCUCGAAGAGCGGUCGUCUCCUCCUGGCUGGUUAUGACGACUUCAAUUGUAAUGUGUGGGAUACACUUAAGGCUGACCGUGCUGGUGUGUUGGCUGGGCAUGACAACCGUGUAAGCUGCCUGGGAGUUACUGAUGAUGGUAUGGCAGUUGCAACAGGAUCUUGGGAUAGUUUUCUGAAGAUCUGGAACUGAAGUUUGAAGAUGUUAUUUUAACUCCAAAGUUGACUGGAAGACCAUUACAACUUCAGAAUGUUAUAUUUCACAGCAUCUUCUUCAACACUGUUUAAACUGACUUGGACACCACAAAAACGAAGGGAAACCAAUGCCUUUCCUACACAAAGAAGAGCACAAUUGUUUAUCACCUAGCUUAAAAGAGGAUUUCCUGUGGUAUCAAAUCAGAAACUUGUGCAUUCCUUCUUGGAUUCUUGGACCGUUUUAUGUUACCUUGAAAGCGAAAAAAAACAAAAACAAAAAAACACAAAAAAAACAACACUAUCAUCCCAUGCAAAUGUAUGCGUCUUGAAAGCAAAUGUUGGAGUGUAAUUGUACAAAAUUAUUUAACUUUUUUUUUAAGAAUUCUAUUCUGAUGGUUUGUUAUUCUUGAUGGCUUUCUUUUUCAUAUUUCCUCAGUGGUUUUAGAUAUGUUGGAAAUUAAGGCUUGUCUUUCUAAUCCAGUUUAAUCAUGUAAGAAAGAUGAGAAAAUAACAUGCAGAAGCUAAAGCGUGAUCAGAUUACACGAGCAGCUUUCAAAAUGUCCAUGAUGUAUUUAUAUACUAGCUGUUUUUGUUUCAUCACAGCUUGUUGCACAUAAAGCUUUGCCUCUUAACUAAUACUAUGUUAACUAACCAAGCACAUGCUAUAAGUUGUGAUGAAUGCUCAUUCCAGUACAAAAGGAGUUAUGAGUAACAUUAUCCAGUUAACCCUCUUAAUUCUUGUACAUGCCCUUUGACUUAAGUGGGAAUGGAUAGGGUAGGGGUGCUGGAAUGGUGUGGGCAUGGCUGGAUUUUAUUACAAGGUGGGGUUGGGGGUUGGUGGGAAUUGUGUUUAGUAUCCACUUUGAGUGAAACACCUCGCCCGACUAAAUAGACACUUCCUUUGCUUGGGACUGCAGUUGCUACUCUGUGAAUGAAAUGUACAAAUCAAUGUCUGAAAAUAAUGGUCAGAAAUUUUAAGUUAAGACAUUCUAAUUUUAUCUGCCAUGAGUUAAUUUAGAUGUGCAUGCUGUAGACUUGCUUUCAAUGGUGCAAAGAUCCUAGAUCUGUUUUUCUCAAAAGGAGAGUAACCUAUUGAAAUAAUUUGAACAUGAUCGGAGCCAUUUUUGUUUUGCUCAACUCUGCAUACAUCAUUUACUAAUACUGGUAACGCUAUGCACCAGAGUGAGCAAGAAUGGAGAAAGGACUAAAUAUUGACUGCAUACUUCGUGUAGAUUAAGCUUUCCAGUUCCAAUGAUGCCAAUUUUUUUUGUAAAAAUUAUAACAAUCAUUGUGAGAAAUCUUUCCCUCUUGACCAGUCCUUCCUCUCCCUGAAAUCUCCACACUCAAUGGAACAAAACCAUCCUCACUUACUGUCCAUAUUAAACCUUUUUGUACAUUUUUUCUCAUCCUUUAAAGUCAGAAUGCAUCUGAAUGACAGAACAUUUCACUGUAUACAGAAGCACUUUUGUUAAAGUUGUGACAUUUUCACUUUCUUUUUUCUGCAAUGAUGUACAAUAAAUGUGAUGUAUUCGUGUGUGGCCACAAGUGAAAAUGCAAUUCAACUGAGAUGGAUUCCCCUUUCUCUUUCCAUUAAUAUGAUAGAGCUCUGCACCCUUAUGUACCUUUUCACUUUUUUGUAUUUUAUUUCAGUCUGUUGGUGUUCCACGGUGAGCUGGAUGCAAGAUAGAUACUGUACUAAAUUGUUAUUGAACAUGUAAUAAAAAGCUGUUUGA